UUGUUGUUGGACAGUGAGAGUCGUUCUGUUUCUAGUCAUUUUGCCGUCAUUUUUAACAAAAAUCCAAAUUGGAUCAAUCCAACGAUCUCAAACUACCAAUUCUAAUACACCGAAGUACUAAAUUAUCAAGAUGCGAGAGUGUCUGUCCCUUCACAUCGGCCAGGCCGGAGUCCAGAUGGGCAAUGCCUGCUGGGAGCUGUACUGCCUGGAGCACGGCAUCCAGCCUGAUGGUCAGAUGCCAAGUGACAAGACCAUCGGAGGUGGUGACGACUCCUUCAACACCUUCUUCAGCGAGACCGGCGCCGGCAAGCACGUCCCCCGUGCGGUCUACGUCGACUUGGAGCCGACGGUUAUAGACGAAGUUCGUACCGGAACGUACCGUCAACUAUUCAGCCCUGAGCAGCUGAUCACAGGCAAGGAGGAUGCCGCCAACAACUACGCCAGGGGCCACUACACCGUGGGCAAGGAGCUCAUUGAUCUUGUGCUGGACAGGAUCAGAAAACUGGCUGAUCUAUGCACAGGUCUCCAGGGUUUCCUCGUCUUCCACAGCUUCGGUGGAGGCACCGGCUCCGGCUUCACAUCCCUGUUGAUGGAGCGUCUCUCUGUCGACUACGGCAAGAAGUCCAAGCUGGAGUUCGCCAUCUACCCAGCCCCACAGAUCUCCACUGCAGUUGUUGAGCCCUACAACUCCAUCUUGACCACCCAUACCACCCUGGAGCACUCCGAUUGUGCCUUUAUGGUCGACAACGAGGCUAUCUACGACAUCUGCCGUCGCAACCUCGACAUCGAGCGCCCGACCUACACCAACCUCAACCGUCUGAUCGGUCAGAUUGUGUCCUCCAUCACUGCGUCUCUGCGCUUUGAUGGAGCUCUCAAUGUUGAUUUGAGUGAGUUUCAGACCAACUUGGUCCCUUACCCUCGUAUCCACUUCCCUCUGGCAACCUAUGCUCCAACAAUCUCUGCUGAGAAGGCCUACCAUGAGCAGCUGACCGUUGCAGAGAUCACCAAUUCCUGCUUCGAGCCAGCCAACCAGAUGGUGAAGUGCGAUCCCCGUCAUGGCAAGUACAUGGCCUGCUGUCUGCUCUACCGUGGUGAUGUCGUCCCUAAAGAUGUCAAUGCUGCUGUCGCAACCAUCAAGACCAAGCGCACCAUCCAGUUCGUGGACUGGUGUCCAACUGGCUUCAAGGUGGGCAUCAACUACCAGCCACCUACCGUCGUGCCUGGCGGUGAUCUGGCCAAGGUGCAGCGUGCCGUUUGCAUGCUGAGCAACACCACGGCCAUCGCUGAGGCCUGGGCUCGUCUGGAUCACAAGUUUGAUCUGAUGUAUGCCAAGCGUGCCUUCGUCCACUGGUACGUGGGAGAGGGUAUGGAGGAGGGUGAGUUCUCUGAGGCUCGAGAGGAUCUGGCUGCCCUGGAGAAGGAUUACGAGGAGGUUGGGAUGGAUUCAGCUGACGGAGAAGAUGAAGGAGAGGAAGGUGAUGAAUAUUAACACAAUUCUGACCAAUAAGGAAUCGGAGAUACAACAUGAUUGCAUAUUUCCACAAAUUAACUGUUUUAAAGGCAAAAUAUACACACUCAUAUACUUCAAACCUUCCACUUUAAAUUUUGCUUUUAUUGAUCAAUUCAAGCCUCUUUUUUUUGUACAACUAACGUGUUACAGAUGUACAAAUAUAAAGCAAUUGUUACCAUGGACAAGACAAGACAAUAAUAUUGGCGCAACUGAAAAUGUGAGCUGAUACACAUCUGCUUGACACUGUAUUGGCAUUGUUUUAAUUUGAUCCAACUGCUGCAAUUAAUCACAGAGGUAGUACUAUGACUUUCACUUUAAUUUUUAGUCUUUUUAUAUUUUGAUCUUGAAUACUCCAUAUUUGUGCCAUAACCACAAUAUAUCUCACUGUAACACCCAAUGUCACAAUCUACAAGCAAGAUAUUUAGCACUGGAUCUAACUUGGUUGAUUUUUAUCAAAUAGUACUUUAAAAGAGGAUUUUUAAUAACUGGCCAUUCUUUUGUUUAAGUUUUGGUUAAUUAAUACUCUAAUGAUCUCUUCAGAUUUUGGUCAGAAAAGCUGUUCCAUCACAUUUCAACUGACUUUUUUUUUCAAACAUUUGCGAAGGAAAUUUUAGUUGUGGUACAACUUUUCUCUUGUCCCAGGGUUGUUUCUUUGUCUCAAUUACUUUUUCUCAACUCCUUCAGGGAACCCCCAAAUUCCUAUUUAAAAAAAUAUAUACUUGAUUGCUUAUAGUACUUUAGGACACUGCUCUCUACCACAUCACUUCAAUUUACAAUAAUUUACGUUUAUCUUAGAAUUUCUGUCUCAAGAGCCACAGCAUUUCAUUACAAUUUUUACAUUUUAUUUUUAUGUUCAGUCAGCGAAUAAUACUGUACAGGUAGAAUAUAUAGUGUCUUUUUUUCACAUCAAACUAGAGCUAUUUCUUUGCAUAAAAUUUUGUAUUAAAGAUAUCUAUCACCGAUUUAAAUUGCAAAUCUUCAUGUUCUACAUCAAGAUGCUACCACGCAUAAGAAUGACUAGUCACCAUCAGAAAACUAAGUCGAGUGUUCCUUUUUGUUAGCUAAUAAAGAACAUUAAAAGACUGCA